GCAUGGAUCCAGAAUUUCUUUCUAGAUUAAUUCCACAAAAUAAAGAGCAUGUGCGUCCUGCAUGCAAGAAAUGUGGUUAUGCUGGACAUCUUACAUAUCAGUGUCGUAAUUUUAUUAAAGUUGAUCCAAAUAAAGAAAUCGUCCUGGAUGUUAGCAGUACUAGCUCUGACAGCGAUGAAAAUUACGUCACCCCUUUGACUGAAUUACGUGAAAAAGAAUUAAAAAGGAAACUCCAAGAAACCAAAAAGAAACACAAAGAGAAGAAGUAUAAGAAAAAAUCUAAAAAACGCAAGAGGUCAGAGACAAGUGACAGUGAAUCAGAAACAGAAAUUUCCAGUGAUGAAGGCAAAAAAAGUAAACAUAAAAGGAAAAAGAAGAAAUCAAAACAUAAGAAACAUAAAAAACAUAAAAAGGACAAUUCAUCUAACAGCGACAGUGAUGAUAAGUAAAGAUAGGAAGUUGCUCCAGAACUGCUCAAUAAUUCUAAGAUUGUAAAUAUUUUGCACAAACUAUCAAUAUUAUGUACAUAAGUAAAAUUAUACCAUUUCUAAAUGAACGACUAUAAAAUUGUAUUUAUAUGAAUUGUAAAUGUGUCAUUUCUAUACACAUAGGGAAAACAAAUAUAUUUUGUUUCUUCUAUA